ACCGCUUCUUCCCAACGCCUCAGAGCUAGCGAUGCAAACUUCGUCGAAGUAAUCCACUCAGACAUAAGCGGGACCAGGGCGUUUGGCACCCCUGAUGCUCUCGGUGACAUAGACAUCUACCCUAACGGAGGGACUAGGCAGCCUGGCUGCGCGGCCAGCAACAACGCGUGUCACCACAACAGGGCGUGGCAGUUGUUCGCGGCGACCGUGGACACUGGUGGACACCUGCUGGCUCUGCGAUGCGAUACAAUGACGCAAGUCAGCAACAAUCGGUGUACGGGGACACCGGCUGUGCAAAUGGGAACGUUGACGCUUGUUAAAUUGCAGACUGGCCUGUUUCGAGUAAACACUGGCAACACGUACCCUUACAGCGCUUAAGCUUUAAUUUAGAACCAUAAGCACCCAAAUAAAAAAAUAAAAUGAUUA